UCUGGAACAGGUGAAACAGACUCUGGUUUCUUUGCUAAUGCAGAAGUUCAAGAACAGAAGAGUUGGGAGGAGGAGACUGCAAUUGAACUUGGAUAAGAAGUGAAAUGUAGUGAUGUCGCCCUGGGAUUAAACGAAUAGGAUGAUGCUGCCAUGUAAGAAAUAGAUGUGAAGCACGUCAUUGUGGCACUGCUAUAAAGGUGGUUACUUGUACAAUGCACAUGGGUAUCUACAGUGCAGUGUGGACUGCUGGUGGGAAGAAGUUUUUCAUCUACUAAUUUACUGCUGAGAACAACCUGCAAGGGCAACAACUGGCUAAAGUGCAUUACAUCUUCUUCUACUAUGAUGCUGCUACUUACAGCUGCCCUCUGUCUACUAGAGCUAGGCACAGGGGUCCAACCAGCACCCUGUGAGACUGUCAGGAUACCCAUGUGUAAAGAGAUGCCAUGGAAUAUUACCAGGAUGCCAAACCAUCUCCACCACAGCACCCAGGAGAAUGCUGUACUAGCUAUUGAACAGUAUCAGGAACUUGUAGACAUUAACUGCAGCCCUGUCCUGAGCUUCUUUCUUUGUGCCAUGUAUGCACCAAUCUGCACCCUGGAGUUCCUUCAUGAUCCUAUUAAACCAUGUAAGUCAGUGUGCCAGAGAGCCAAAGAUGGAUGUGAACCCAUCAUGAAAAGAUACAAUCACAGCUGGCCGGAGAACCUGGCAUGUGAUGACCUGCCAAUAUAUGAUCGAGGUGUGUGCAUCUCCCCUGAAGCCAUAGUCACUGACAUCCCAGAAGAUAUAAAGUGGACAGAGUUUACACAAGAUGUCAUAGUCCCAGAAAGACCAAGAAAGAAUCAUUGCAAAAGUCUAAACAUGGAUCACUGCAAGUGUAAAACAAUCAAACCUAGCCUAAAUAUGUACUUGACAAAAAAUUACAGCUAUGUUAUCCAUGCAAAAGUAAAAAGUGUUACUAAAAGCAACUGCAAUGAAAUAACUACAGUGGUGGAAGUGAAAGAAACAUUGAAAUCUUCAACAACUAUUCCUCGAUCCCAGGUUCCGCUUAUCACAAAUUCAUCUUGCCAGUGUCCACAGUUACUCCCUAACCAAGAUGUACUUAUCAUGUGCUACCAGUGGCGUUCAAGGAUGAUGCUUCUUGAUGGCUGUUUGGUUGAAAAAUGGAAAGACCAAUUAAACAAGAGAUUCAAGAGAUGGGAGCAAACCUUACAAGAGAAGAACGUGAAAACUACACAGGAUAAGAUCAAGAAUGUGGGGCGAACUGGUCGCAGUGGGACACCAAAGACAAGCCCAAAGAACUAUAACCCUCCUCCUGGAAUCUCCAAAAAGAAUGUUAAAACCAAGAUAAACCAGAAAGAUAAGCGAGCAUAAGUUGCUCUAUGUUUUCACAAAAGGACAUUUCAUUUGCAUGAGAGUCCGUAGCUGGCUACAGUGGCAGAACAUAUUAUUCCUAAAUUCAUCCACCAGGAAAUAAUUCUGCAGGAUUCUGCAUUGACUUUUUCUUUACUGCACUUUACUUACCAAUGUUUGCUUUUUAUACUUUGACCACUACAACCCUAAGGCUGUGUUCACAUGGUGCAUUUUUCUCUAUUUUUUUUUCAUGCAUUCUUCUUCUUAGGAUUUAGCCCUGAUUGUGGCAAACUUCUCGCAAAAAUGGCGCUGUAUUACCACAGUUUACAACACUACAAUAAAUAGCUCAAUUUUUGCUGUGUUUUUUCACUAAAAUCCAAACAAGAUUAAAGGAAAACCACAGUAAAAUGCAGAAAAAUCACGUUGUGUGAAAACUGCCUUAAAAUUAGGGUUUGUUUUCAAAAAAUUUAGACUUUUGGUGCAAUUGUAGGAUGAAACCGUUUGCACCAUAUUUAUGAAUAAAGUAUUGUUAUUCUACAUAUUUUCUUUGAUAUUUAUGGUGCAAAGAUGUCAGUUUCUUUCUUUGACAUUGCCUUGUAUAAGCCUUUUUACGUUGAAUGAAUGAGUUUAUUGCACUUGUGCUUAAGCAUGUUGAUAUGUUCACACAAGAAUUGUGAUGUUUGUCAAACACUUGAGUAUGCUUUAGCCU